AUGCCGUCGGCUUUACAGGCUGGGCUACAGCCCGGGGCUCACGACACCAGGUCGCCCAACACCAAGAUGACACCAUCGCCGUCGGUUUCAUCGUCGACGUCUUCCCCAACAUCCAAGGAGAAGGAGAAAGGGAAGGACAGCGCAGUGGUCCUUCAGCUUGCCAAAACCAAGAUGUGCGCAUUCUUUGAGCGAGGAAAGUGCUCAUCUGAUACUUGCAGGUAUGCGCACUCACCUGCAGAGCUUCGUCGUCCUCCAAAUCUGCAAAAGACGAAGUUGUGCAAGGCUUUCCUUCAAGGAAAAUGCCGAGAUGGAGAGAACUGCUCGUUUGCUCAUGGAGACUCAGACCUCCGGGUUACUGCAGGGAUUUACAAGACCCAAAUGUGCAAUUUCUACGAGCGUGGGCACUGCAAGAAGGGUGAUCGCUGCAACCAUGCUCAUGGUGAUGCAGAUCUUCGGCCUGUGAUUCCAAGUCCCCAAAAGACGCCAGUCAGAGAGAAAGGUAACUUGGGUGCCCUGCAGACACCAGAUGCAAGGACACCUCCCAAGGUUGAACAAGGAGAACGCAGUCCUCCAUCAAAAAAGGAGCGCCUUCCGCUCGCAGAUUUGCUGAACUCACAGGAUCCACGGGAUGGCCCAAGUGUAGCAGAUUUGGCAGCUCUGGCCUUCGCUCCACCGCCUGUGCCACUUUCAUGGACAUCGUACCAGCUCUCUCCCAGCACUUACGGCGAACUGACACCACUGAGAAUGUUGGAUCCUGUUGACAUGCUCGUUGACACAGAUCGUCGGGAAAUGAUGGGCCUUGGAAGCGCAAUGCCUUGGAUGCCGCCCGAAAAGCUUUGGCCUUCGGCACCUCCCGGUCUUGGGCCUCAUGAGGAAAUGGAUCUGUGCGAGAGUCAGGGAACUGUGAGGAGUCUAUUCUCCCAGAUGGAGGGAAGCGCAGAGCUUGAGGGAGACAGUACUGAAAGGGCUGUCUUCCAGGAACUUCAUGAUCAAGAAGCAAGUUGGGGCAAGGGGUCAGACGCUCUGCUCGGCGAAAGUGAAGAUUCAUUGUCAAAAAGCCUGGCAAACCUGGACAAUAUGCUGCAGGGCCCCGCAGGGCCCGGCAGGGCCCCAGUGAUCCGAGUGGUCUGUGAGAUGGCCAACUGCUUGUGGGGUUUGCAGGACAAGUCACACAAGAGUGACUCCAAGAAGGAAGCCUCGAAGACUAAAAAAGAGCCUAAAUCUAAGAAGGACAAAGACCACAAAGACCACAAAGACCACAAAAAAGAGGAAGAAAAGCCCGAACGGCCCGAACGGCGAGAAGGUCGAAAAGAAACGAGCAAGGUCAAUGAGAUGGCACCCAAGAAACGAAAGGUAGAGGACGUCGAAGUUCCCGACAAGAAACGGAAGAAGAAGGACAAGAUGGACAAAACUGAAAAGGGAAGAGACGGCAAAGACAAAGAGAGAAGCAAAGUGAAGGAUGUUGAAGACUCUGUUGAAGCUGAUCGCAGACGUUUGCAAGGGGGAGCUGCAGAUAUGGUAAAUGGGGGAGUGCAAAAAGAAAAACAAAAGGAAAAAGAGGCGAAAAAGGACAAGAAUGGGAAGCAUGCAAAGCAUGAUGCGAAGCGCGAUGCUAAGCAUGAUGCGAAGCAUGAGCGGAGUGGGAAACUUGGAGAAUCCAAAGACAAACCCAAGCGAGACAGACAUGGACCAUGCGCAGCUGAAGCCCUAGAUGAGGAGGUGCAAGGAGGUAGCACUGGCAGCCGUGCCAUGCCUUCCAAAAGCAGAUCUCCAGCGAGAAUUCAGCUGAAAUCGUCCCCGGAAGCUGAAAAGGUUUCAGAAAAGGCACCAAAGGCACCAGAACCUGUGAAACCUGUGAACCCCCAGCAGAGUUCUGACCAUAGUGACAGUGAGUCCUCUGGUGAAAGACGUCGAAAACGACGAGAACAUGCUGGGCUAAAGGCAGCCUCUGGCUUUGGCCUUGCACCGCCGCCUCCCGCUCCGGCCGGGGAUGCCUUUGCUUCCGGUGCAGUGAUGUACGGGCCCGCAGGUCCCUUGGUACCCCUGCCGGAGAAGGUGAAGGGUCUCCUUGAACAUCAGGAUUCGUUGGCGCAGGAGGUGAUGCGGAUGAAGAUGGCGGUGGAGGCGGCUACAGGAGUGCCUGGAGCCAGCAUGAAGCUUGAUACCAAAGAAGAUCCUGCUGAGACGACCUUGAAGAUGCCGACUCGACUUACCGAUUGCUUGAUGGAGCCUGAAAACCUGGCAAAAUUGCUCGCAAAGACCGGGCUCCUGUCAGCAACACUGAACCAGGAGAAACAUCUGAUAUUGCGGGCAGCUUCUCGCAAACAACUGCAGAAAACACUUGGUCAACUGCGCCGGAUCGCGUGGGCGUGCCAGUGGGGCUGCAGCUCUUCAAAGGUUGGUGCUUUAUUGGACGGUAAACCAGCAAAGGCUGUGAACUCCAUGGUCUUGCGCCUUGCUGCCACGUCCAGCCGUCUGUCGUCCCAUGAUGCAAAGCUCAAUGCCAAAAUGCGGAAGAUUCGUCUAGGGACGCAGGCUGGUACUGGAAUGUUGGUGUUGGAAGGCAUCCCUGGGCUUUCUCGGAAGCAUUGCACCAUCACCUUUGAACCAGAGAAAGGCGCCUGCUAUGUGCAGGAUGUUUCUACCAACGGCACCUACCUGAACGGCAAGCGCCUACCAAGACCACCCUUCAAGAACCCUGCGGACGCCAGAGUGCGACUUUUCCAUGGGGAUGAGUUGCUCUUUAAGCUACGAACUGAUGAUGCAGAGGAGUUAGGUUAUGUGAUCAAUUUGGUGGAGCUUAGUUGAAGACACAGCGGAACCUGUG